CUGAGUCCUGAAGGAGCGAGGGCAGCGGGGGCCCAGGGAGUCAGCCAGACCCGCAGAGGCAGGGGACACUGGGACAAGCUGCCCACAGGGAGCCACCCCGGAGACCCCUGCCCGCAGGACCAGAGGGGCUGGGACUGGCAAGCAGAAGGUUGCAGGGACAGACAGGCGACCAGGCAGAGAGAAGGGACUGGGCAGGGGGUGUCAGAGCCAGAGGGAGGAGGGACAGCCAAGCACAGAAGUAGAGAGGCACGCGUGGGCAGAAGGGCCUGGGCAGGAGGGCCCGGGCAGGGCAGGAGAACCUAGGGCUGUGGGGACAGGAGUGGCCGCAGGGGAGGGCAGGAGUGUGGAGAUUUUGGAGAAGCUGCUGCCACAUCCCCAGGGCUGGGGUCAGGGCAGGUCAGCGGCCACGGGCGGAUGCGGCAGCAUGAGCGGCUCCGUGCCCCUGAGGAAGAAUUCUAGCAAACAGGGCCUGGAGACCCUCCUGAGGCUUACCACACAGUGGAGUGUGGAGGGUGUGGAGGAGGCCGCGCAUGAGCAGUGUCGGCGUGAACGUGACAGGCAGCUACAAGCCCAGGACGAAGAUGGAAGUGGCCAGCCCCCGGAGCGGACAGAGCAGGAGACACUCCUUAGCCUGGAGCACUCAGAGGCCCGUGAACUGGAGGAGGAUGAGGGUUUUGGCGACUGGUCCCAGAAGUCAGAACCGCGGCUGCACUGGGGGACUGAGGGGACCCCGAGCAAUGGAGAGCCCCCUCUCUGUAUGAGUCCUGAGGGCAAGCCGGAGGGGCACAGGCCCUGCCAGCAUGCCUGUGGGGGUGACGAAGGUAACGGACCACCCCUGGAUGAAGCUCCCCUGGAGGAAGCAUGUCUGAGCCAGGAGGAGACUGGCCCACGAGAGACCGGCCAGGACACCCUGGGGAUGGCAGAGGCUGGGGACACCACGGAGGAGCACCAGACAUGUCAGCAGCCCAGGACACCCAGCUCCUUGGUCAUGGAGGAGACCCCUGAACAGGGCUCACCUCCCCUGAGCCCCACCACCAAGCUCAUCACCAGGACCGAGUCCUUGAGCCGCUCCAUAGAGAAGAGCAACAGUGUGAAGAAGUCCCAGGCUGCCCUGCCCAUUGCCAAGAUUGACGAGCGGCUAGAACAGUACACACAGGCUGUGGAGACUGCUGGCCGGACCCCCAAGCUAGCCCGCCAGACCUCCAUUGAGCUUCCCAGCAUGGCGGUGGCCAGUACCAAGAGUCGGUGGGAAACGGGAGAGGUGCAGGCUCAGUCUGCGGCCAAGACCGCCUCCUGCAAGGAUAUUGUAGCUGGAGACAUGAGCAAGAAAAGCCUCUGGGAGCAAAAGGGAGGCUCCAAAACCUCGUCAACGGUUAAGCAGAGCACCGCAUCUGGGAAGAGGUACAAGUUUGUGGCCACUGGACAUGGGAAGUAUGAGAAGGUGCUAGUGGAUGGGGGCUCAGUGCCCUAAGUCCCCCAUCUUGGCUUCCCAUCCAUGUUCCUAGGGGAGAUUCCAGCCAGAUACUCACCCCCAGCCCUGGCCAAGAAGUCGCUUCCUGUCACCAUCCUGGGCCACCCUCACAGCUUUGACACCCCUACCACAACUCCUGCUUCUGGACCCUCCAGCCUCUCUCCCCUCCCACUCUUUGACCCCAGCUCUGUCUCUGACUUCUUAGGGGAGGAAAGAGACUCCUGAUCAUUGGCCAAAGUGACUGUCUCCUAGAGAGGCCAAGAGCUCUCAGGGAAGACAGGAGAGCAAGAUGCCACCUGAUCUGUGCAGAGAGGGCUGGUCACCCAGCCAGAUCCAAGAAGUACCUGCAGGGUGACCUCCAGGCCAAAAGCCAAGAUACCUGUGCUGGAUGCUCAGGACUCUGUGUCCCUCCUACCCCUGCUUGCGCCACUGCUCUCUCCAUGUCGUGCAAUAAAGCUCCUCAUGUCCCCAUGC